GCCCGCCUUUCCUCGACAGAGCUCCGUCCGGACUAUUUGGAGCUUCGGCCUUCUGAGAGUAAACCGCUACCUAUUCUGUGGUACUCUGAACAUGCGGUGAAUUUGUCUCAUUCUUCUCUACCUAGAGAUCAUACUGCAGUCUCGAUCCAGAACCUCAUCAUGGCUGUCGCACGGCCUCGCCCUUAUCGGCGCAUAUUGACCUCGGCGCUACACAGAAGGUUCGUCCAUGCCUCUGCGCUGGCGCUGUUGGUCUGUUACAUAGUUGCAUUCGCCAUUGGUGAGAAAUCAUCAUUCCUAUGGUCAUGGUUUCCAAUUGGAGCAUGUGGCAUUCGAACAGUUCUUCUAUCCCUUUGCAGCCUUGUCAUCUUUGUUCUGCGUGUCGGCCAGAUGCACCUUGGCGCAAGGACGACCGCCUCGCCGAUCAGCACGCUUAAACAACUUAUCCCACUCGAUGCUUUCCAGACGUUCGGAUGGUACUUGUUCUCGGCCUGGUGGUUCAACGAGAUCUACAGAUGGUCGUCGCCGCUGAGUGCACACUUGGAAUGGGUGAAUCGAGCUAGACCCCAUGAGCGCGCAACAUUGAACGAACGAGCAAUUUACCUUUACACAUACCACUUCUUAGUAGCAAUCGUGCAGUCGUUUAUUCACUUGUACUGUGAUCACGACCAAGUUCCUAUUCCAGUCGCCAGACGGUCUGAGCAGGACAAGAGCAAUGUGGGAUCUAUCCCCAAACGCAUUCAAGCUGCAUUGCCGACGGCCAUUGUUGGCGGUGUCAAGAGGAGUGUCACCACUGCUUUGGCUUGCCCUUUAAUCUACACCAUCUUCCUCCGCCGUCCGGCGUGGAGUACCACCUUGUAUUUCGCCAAGCUCUUCUGGGAUUUCCCAAGGUCUGCCGCUUAUCCGCCGGGCUUCAUUCCGCCAAUCAGUCUAGGGAUUUUGUUGAGGACCGUGGUUUCAGGGGCGCUUUUGACGACAUGCUGGCAGAGCGCCAAUGUUUUCUUUUCCUUGUUUUUGAGCAAGGAGCCCCUCAAGCGCGGCCAGCCAUUGACAGCAGACGCCAAAGACCCCAACGGCAGCCUUCUGACCGGUCUGAAAGCGCAAAAGGAGACUGUUCGAGCCUUCGCAUUCUGGGAGCUACUCUUCAUUAGCCAGCAAUUUCCUGACCGUCGCAAGGCUAUUUUCAACGAUAUUGACCGCGAAGAUGGACCAGCCUGGUCUCAGAUUCUUACCGCGGCCACAGAAGUGAUCAAGGGCGUUUCGACACGGGUCGAGGAGCAGAACGAGGAUCUGAAGUAUCGGGACAACAGAGAGAAGGAAGAGAAGAAAGGGGCAACCACUGGCUUCAACACCGACCUCCCUGAAGAUGAGCCCGUUCUCCGCACACUUCCCCGACUCACCGACCCUCUGAAGGAGCUAGAUGAAGCUGAUAUCUUUGCUCCCACGUCCAAGACCACCUCCCGCCCGGAGAAAUUCGGCAAUGCGGUUAAGUCAAUCGGCAGCAACCCUGACUGGACCCCGACCGCCCGCGCCAAAGCUCGCGAUGCUUUUGAUCGGGCGUCUGAGUUGCUGCCCACUGAACACAAGCAAAAGCUCCUCGCAGCCCAGCAGGAACUGAAGCUUCUCACCGGCCCCUUGACCACCAGAAAGCCCGAAAACUUGCAUCCUCUCGUCGCCAAUCUUCUUCGCACCCCCGUUGGGCGUCUAUUCCGUCAGACCUACGCCCGUCGCCUGUCCGCUAUCGUCCUCGGCACACCGCAUGCUAAUGUAUGCUCUAUUGUCUACUCCAUCGACUCGAUCACCUGCCUCUCCAUCAAAAGUCUCGAAGAGGAUUCCUACGGUAAAGUCCAAGCGGACGUGCCCGGCAUUAUCCGCUUAUUUACCGAGACCAUCCAGACACUGGAGCCCUUCAUUAACGGUGGACUGGAUGCGCACUGGACGGAUGUGGAUUUUCCGCCAUCCAGCAACCCCAAGGCACAGGCCGAGGCUCGUCGAGUGCCCGAUGUAGAGUUAGUCCUGACGACGCUUAAACGCUCUCUGGCGGAUAUACUGUCUGCAUUCAGCAAAUACUUCAUCGUGAUCGGUUUGGAUGCUAAGGACUUGCGGCUAGCCAGGGAGGCCGCUGGGGUGGUUGGUGAGAGUCUAUAGGUCGGGCGUUCCUGGCUGUAGAUGUCACAUGUGAAGGAGGGACAUGGUGAUGAGCAGGUAUCCAAGCUUGAUUCCACUUCCUCGUCUCAUUCAUCUCAGAGAAGAUGAGAUCCCUUUCGUCCCCUUUUACUUUCUCCUUUCCUCGUUCAUUUUCUCCUCAGAAAGGGGGGUUGUUGUUUUGUCGAAAAGUUACGACUUGGACCUAGAGUCAGUCUUGACUGUUAUGUAUGCAUUGCUCUGGCGUUAGUUGGGCAGGUAGUCUAUCCAUGAAUCAAAUGUAUUGUAUUCUAGUAUUCG